ACUUAAAAGCUAUCUGUUGAGACAGCAACACUCUUCGUGGUCUUACGAAGUCAACGCGGAUUUCUUCGUCACCUUUUACUACCGACUUUUGCCUUAAUAUGACCCGGUCGUGUUGACACAAUUGCCGGUGAAGCCACACCUGUGACCGCUUACUAAAAAUUAACAUUAGACUGUUUAACAGUCCACACUAAUAUACUUAUGGGUGAUUAGGAAGAAACUGGUGACUCAUAGUAUGCACUUUUUAAAGCAGCGUGCCAGGACGCGGACGGUGAACAACUUUUUUUCAUAGCGUGUUUCUUCUCAUUCUCACUGAAGCUCCUGGCUAACUGACUCCUCUCUCUGGACUCGCAUUGUACCACCACCAGGCUGCAGCCUAACCUUGGUCCGGGGCCAAUCAUUUCCCAGGAAAAUGUGACUGUUAGGAAUUCCCCACGCAUCAGCCCCUGUCGGAGAAAACUGCAACCUUGUGUCAGGGAGCGAAACUGGAGAGCAGCGGGAGGGAGGAGGGAAACUGCCUAGCCGGCGACGACGGUGCGAUGAUGUUGCUGCUGUACCGUUUUGACUCCAACUGGCACCGGGGAUAAUAAUAUUUUUCUACCGGUCGGCGAGAUUCAUGAGGACACAGACACUUCACUGCCUGUUUAUGGCCAGGGAGCCAUGCUGUGCGGGGUGACAACUUCUAGCUAACAGGGUGUAGAUGCUCCAGGGACCCGGCCUCUUUAUCACAGAGGGGACGAGGCUGCUCCCACCUGGGCCACUGCAUUCCUCUGAAACUCUGCUUGUGGUCUCUCUCUCCCUCUGAGCACUAACCGACCCAGGUCAGAGAAUAGGAGGACGGCAACAACGUCAGGGAAGCCAUUUUGUGAGGAGAAGCUGAAUCUCUGGUCUGUGCAGAGAAGGAGUCGGAGUUCAUAGCUGGGAUAUUUUAGGCUGCUCCCUGCCCUCUGAACUCCACCGCCAUGACGACUGCAGUGCAGCCCACUGAACUGGUGUUCGAAUUUGCCAGCAACGGGAUGGAUGAAAUCAAUCAGGUGUGCAGUUAUCUCCUCCCCACACCCGUCACUGAAUCCUGUGGAGCAGGAUUGAUUCUGGACGACCCGUCAGUAUUCCCGGCAGUGAUUGUUGAGCAGGUGCCUGCAACAGAUCUCCUGCAGGUGUACUCGGGACUGGAGUCAGAUGAAGUGUCCAAUGGCAUCAUGGUGGACACCACCCACCAUGUUGUGGAGGAACCAUCCAUCUUGGUGGGAGGGGUGGACCUCUCAGAAACAGCAGUCUCAGGUGCAGAGGACAGCAUGGAGACGAGCGAGGCCGCAGCCGCUCUUCUUAACAUGGAGUCUCCGAACAAUAUUCUGGACGAGAAGCGAAUGAUUCUCACCUAUGGCACGCUGCUCGAGUCAGACCUGACGUACGCCCCACUGAGGCCAGAUCAGAUGGACAACAGUGGCCUCGACAUGUCCCUAGAUGAGGACACUUCAUCCAUGGAUGACAUUCCCCAAAAGUGUCCUUUGAAACCCCAGAAAAAAAACAAAGUGCGGAAACCGCGGGCUGUGCGUCCCUGCUCCCCUAUCACCACCCCUAACCUGCCACUCAGGAAGAAGAGCAAAGAGGGCAAAGGCAAUACUAUCUACCUGUGGGAAUUCCUCCUGGCCUUACUGCAGGAUAAAAACACCUGUCCCAAAUACAUCAAGUGGACACAGCGCGAGAAAGGCAUCUUCAAGCUCGUGGACUCCAAAGCCGUUUCAAAGCUGUGGGGCAAACACAAGAACAAGCCUGAUAUGAAUUAUGAGACCAUGGGAAGAGCUCUCAGGUACUAUUAUCAAAGAGGCAUCCUGGCUAAAGUGGAGGGCCAGCGUCUCGUAUACCAAUUUAAGGAGAUGCCGACUGAUUUGGUGGUGAUCGAGGAUGAAGACAUGGGCUCUGAAGCCAAUGCUGGCUAUGGAAACCAGAGAUCUAGCAAUGGCAGGUCCAUCGUCCGCGGAGGAUCCAAAGGGCAUGGGCGGGGUCAUGGUCAACACCAAGUCGUGAAGCAGAUGAAGAAGGAGCCUCAUGAUGAGUAUCUGUACCAGGAAGACACUGGCGAACAGACCGGGCAGCUCCUUCAGUCUAUCCAUGUGUUUCAGCAGCAUCAAGGGUCAGGUGUCCAAGAUACGACACACGCUAUGAGGACUAUCACUCCUACAUCAGUUCCCAUGGUCUUGACAUCAUCUGGCUCUCUUCAAUCUGUUCCCCUCACCACGGUUCUGACCAAUGGGGACUCCUGUCACUCCCCCCCACCACGGGUUAUUCUACACACCAUGCCGUCCACCACGGCAGGUGGUAAAGAUGUGCUCACCAUUCAAACAGCCUCUCUAGCAGGUGGAGCCGGCAGCCUGGAGGAUGGCCUCCCGCAGCAGCUCCUGGUCACCAGUCUGGGCUCCUCCACUGUUUCCACCUCCUCUUGCUGCACUUCCCCUCCAGGAGUCAUUAGUUCCACUGCUUCCAACCUCAACGGCCUCCCACGUCUGGUCGCCAUCAACACCACCUGCGGGCAAACCAUGGUGGCACAGCAGCCUGGCACCGUAAUUGCCACCGUGCUGAAAUCCAGUGAUUUCCCAGGGCUGCAGGUCAAAGAAGAGAUGCUGGACCCCAGCUACUUUCAGUCGAUGGUGAACGGCGAUCCAUCACUGGUGGCACAUACGUUUGACAAAGAAGAGAUAGAGGUAGGGGAGGCAGAGCUGCAGUACAGGACUGUGAUCAUUGAUACAAGUGAAUGUCUGGCCCAGCAGGUCGCAAACGAAACUACGAUAAAUGGACAUUCCUCGCAGAGCAGCAGCCCCAGUGAGGGCCUGACCCCGGUGGAGGAGCUGGAAGUGCGCGGGGAGAUGUCCCUCCAACAUGAGCAGGGAAUCAAAGGCCUGCAGGAGCUGCCGCUGUCCGUUCAACUGCCUGCAAACUUUAUCCAGAUAAAGACAGAGCCUGCAGAAGCUUAGGGCUGCUGGACUCACAUGCACAAGCUGAACCAAAAACAGCAAUUAACUCCCAUUCUAUCACAGACAUUGUUUUCUUUGCCUACCACAGUGAUCUGAUCAGAGAUCAGACUUGAGGGAUCUUGCAGGGCUUUGCUCUUAAGGUUGGUCAGUUCAACCUAAGGAUUUAUUGUUUACUCACAUAUUUUGUGACCAUGUGCCUAAUUUAAAAGAAUAAUCAAAAUUUUUGUUUUUUUCUAAGAAGUGACUUUUAAGAUUUGGAUAAUGUUCUACAGACAUGAAGCCCCCGACACAGACAUAAACACAGAUAUACAGCACCCGGACACAUGCACACGGACACCCACACUCACCCUUUUAGGAGAGCAGCCAUUGGAUUUAAACCAGGGAGUCUGUCUACAUCAUGUGCCAGUUAGUUUUCUACUUGCUUUUACAUCUCACUGGACCUUUUAUGUUUAAGGAAGAACAUACAAUUAAACCAAAAAAAACCAGGACUGAAUGCCAAAUGGCACAAUGAAAUCAGACGUCUGAGAGUGUACGUGUGCGAGGUCUCAAACCACAUUCAGCUUUCUGUUUCUGUGGAUGAGGUGUGGAUGCUGUAUUAAGGCUGUCCAAUCCUGUGGAAAAAACCCACGCAUCUCAGAGUUUAAGUGAAGAGUACCUUCAGGAUGUCUGAAAAGCUCAAGAGGAAAAUGUCGAGUGGGGGAAAGUUUAAAAAAAAGAAAAAAGGACUCAAUGACUUUUCAGUCUUUUAAGAGCUUAUUACUCAUUUAUUUUCAUAUAAACACAAAGGUAUGCCUUUGCUUUCUAUUACUCCUGGUCUUAAAACACUGUGUUACUAUGGAAAUGGGCAUUUUUGGACCACCAAGGACAGUUCUACAUCAAAACUAUUUGUAUAGAGCUGCAGACUGAAGGCACAGUGAGAUUGAGGCACAAGUGGAGAGAAAGAAUUCAACCUGUGCUUCGGAGGCUCAUAUACAUAUAUAUAUACACAUAUAUUGUGCGUGUGUGUGUGUGUG